AUGGUGCAGAAGCUGACAACGAUGAUGGAUGCUAUUAUUUGUCAGAUAGCUAUGGAUGCCUACAACAAAAGCCAAAUCACCAGCGAGCUUGUCUACUUUGUACCCUGCAAGAAAUUCCAACUACCAGACGCCGUCGGCAAAAUGUUCAACAACCACUACAUCUCGAAGCUGAUAUUGAUCUCUGGUGACAUGCAGAAAAAAGAGAUGCACGAUCGAUACGACGUCACGCCAACUAAGGACAACGAGACGUUCUACAUAGAUCAGACCGUGACGAAGGAUGACGUCUCGGAUCAGCUGCAGCAUGAUUUACCGGUUGAGACUGGUACUGUCAGUACCACGAAACAGCCGAAGACGACUGUUACAGCGCAAACGGGCAGCACAACGGGAGCUACAGUGUUGACUACGGCAAAGACUAAGGCUACGAAGACUACGUCCCAAGCCAGUACUCAAACUAGUGGGACCACGGUGUCCCAGACGACAGUCGUUGUCGCUUCUAGUACGACUAAGAACCCGAAGACCACUGCUACGGUACAAACGGGCAGUACGACGCAACCGACAAGUACUGCCAAGACGAAGGCUACGAAAACUACUUCAAUUCCGACUACUCAAACUGGAGGAACCACUGCCACUGGCCCUUCGAGCACCACCAAGAAGCCGAAAACGACCACCACUACGCAGUCGGGCAGCACGACCACUGGAGCUACACUGACAACCACUGCCAAGACCAAGGCUUCGAAGACGACCACCAUGGCGACCUCCUUGGGUACCACUACCCCAGCAGUCAUCGUCCCGCACUGUUAUGCUUACUUUUUGAUAGAUGCCUCUACAUAUGGUAGCCCCUUUACAAAAUCUGAAACCCUCAUGAUACGAGCUGCAGCACAAAAUUUAUAUGUCUAUGCUGAAGUGAAAACACACGUCGGAUUCGGAGCGUAUGGAACUAUUGCCGGCGUGCCUAACGUGGAUCAGUUCUACGACGACGCAGAUACGCUGAAAAACGCCUUGGAUGGUUACGUUUUUGGCGAUCCAAAUGGAGAUGCGAAUGUUACCGAAGCCGUCGGUUAUCUGAACGACCUCGCGGCUUUCAACGCUUUUGCAACGCUGGUCUUUACAGAUAGCCCAAAGAACGUCAUCGACGCAACGCCAGAAAACCGUCUAAAGAAUCAAACGAUCGGCUGUGCACUUGAAGAUCAGGACAUGAGCCACAUCGCCGUCCAGACCUACAGCCUAGCACAAAGUGCAGAUGCGGCUGCUAAGCUCAGAGAUAUCUGCCUUGGCUUGAAUGUAGUGACUACACCAAGUGGUCCUAAGACGACCACGAGGACGGCUAGCAGCUCGACGCAAACUAGCGUGCAAACCUCGACUUCGGCGAGUUCUUCGGGCACCACUGUCAGCACCAGUAGCGGCACUCCUGGGACGAGUACCCCGACGGUCUCUACCAGUCCCGGAUCUACGCCAACCACGAAUAAUCCAACAGUUUCCGGUACCUCGAGCCAAGCCAACCCUGACAACAACUGCUCCGCAAACUGCCAGAAGCUUGAGCACCCAGCAGCCAAGUGCUUCAUCAACUCAAACCGCUCCUACGGAGUCCACAACGUCACCGACAGGGAGCACGAACAUGGUCACGACCUUGUCCUCCACAUCAGGAAGCUC